AUGGGCGAGCGGCGCAGGAAGCAGCAGGAGCCGGACGCGGCGAGCGCCGCCGGGGAGCGCAGCCUCCUGGCGGCCGCCGAGUCGAGCGCCAGCCUGCAGGGCGCGGGCGGCGGCGGCGGCGGCGUCGGGGACCUGGAGCGCGCGGCGCGGCGGCAGUUCCAGCAGGACGAGACGCCCGCCUUCGUGUACGUGGUGGCCGUCUUCUCGGCGCUGGGCGGCUUCCUGUUCGGCUACGACACCGGCGUGGUGUCGGGGGCCAUGCUGCUGCUCAAGCGGCAGCUCAGCCUGGACGCGCUGUGGCAGGAGCUGCUGGUGUCCAGCACGGUGGGGGCGGCCGCCGUCUCGGCGCUGGCCGGCGGGGCCGUCAACGGCGCCUUCGGCCGCCGCGCCGCCAUCCUGCUGGCCAGUGCCCUCUUCACGGCCGGCUCCGCGGUGCUGGCCGCGGCCGGCAACAAGGAGACGCUGCUCGCCGGCCGCCUGGUCGUGGGGCUCGGCAUCGGUGAGUUCCCUCCCCUGGGAGGACGCCCUUGGCCGUGGCCGCUGCGUUCCUUUUUGCCUCCGCGGGGGUCCCCGUCGGGGCUUGCCGGACCCGGGAAUCCUCUUCUCUUGCUCCUUGAGAGCCCCUCUGUCAGUUACUCUAGCCUCUAA